GCCUCCGCUGUGAAAAAAAUCCCCUUGAUAGAAGUUUCCUAAAUCCUUCUUGUCAAUUUGAAGGUAGAGAGGUAAUCUUCUUUACCCAGAUACAAAGGCCACCUCGGCCGGUGCGAUAAUGUGUAAAAUUAUGCACACCCACCUAAGCAGUGUUAUUAAUACCGGCUUAGAUAUUGUAAGUGCGUGCCGUCGUUUGGUAACCGACGAAACACGGCGAACUGUGGUAGGAGUUGGACCAGUUAAUACCGAUAACUUUGCGCAUUGGAUCGAAGUGAGUCCGGGAAGUGGCUUCCGGUGAGCGAUUUUUUAGGAGCAACAUGGCGGGGAGGCUCCGCUAUGUUGGACGGUACAUCACCGAGGACAGAACCCUGGGGAAAGGCAACUUUGCCGUCGUGGAACUUGCCACUCACAGUGUCGUUAAAACCAAGGUGGCAAUCAAGGUGAUUGACAGAAACAAGAUCAAGGAGGACUACGUACGGGAGAACCUGUACCGGGAGGCCCGCAUCCUGGCCCAGCUGCGACACCCGAACGUGGUGCGACUCUAUGAGGCUAUAUCGUCAAGUUCAUUGUACUGCCUCGUCACGGAGUAUGCCGGCGGAGGGGACCUUCUGUCCUUCGUGCGAGGGCAGCGGGAGGGCCGACUCACCGAGGCCGUGGCUCGCCCGUUCGUCCGUCAGCUCGUCUCGGCCUUGCAUCACCUGCACGAGCGGGGAGUGGUUCAUAGGGACCUCAAGAUGGAGAACAUCAUGCUGGAUGAGGAGAGGAAAAACCUGAAGAUUGUUGACUUUGGUUUGAGCAAUACAUUCUCUCCAGACUGUUUGCUCAAGACCCACUGUGGUUCACCUGAGUAUGCUGCCCCUGAACUCUUUAUCACUGACCAGGAAUACGGCCCAGAGGUGGACAUAUGGAGCCUAGGCAUCAAUAUGUUUGCCAUGGUAACAGGGAGGCUACCGUUCUCCACGCCUUACUCGGAGAACAGGCGACAGCGACUGAUGCAACAAAUCCAGAAUGGCCUGGGUGUCAUCCACGGCAGAGAGAUGGCUCAUCUGUCUGACGACUGCCAGGAGUUGAUGUGCCAGCUGAUAGAACCUAGCCCUGAGCUACGCCUUCCCUUGCUGGAUAUCGAGAUCCACCCCUGGAUUACCAGUCUGGGAAAGAUGCCCUUCUGCCCUUACCAACAACCUCCUAAAGACAACGAAGUCAAGAGAUUGAUCAUUGAUAGGAUGGCCUGCUUGCUAAACGUAAGCGCAGCCAAGAUCGAGGCUAACGUCCACGAGUACCGGCUGGACGACGUCAGUGCAAUCUAUAACCUCAUGCUAGACCAGCACCGGCAGAGCAAAGGAUUCUGGGAUGUGGACCACACCCUGAAGAGGGAGGUCAAACGGCCCAAGCCAGUGGAGGUGGUGGUUCCCAAGCCGAACACACCCCCGCCGCCGCAAGGACCACCAGGAGAGGAGAACCCAGUAGUGGAGCACAUCAAACUGAAAACACCCACUGUCAUUGGAAUGGUUAGACCCAGUCAACAAAAUCCUGACAGACGAACAUGUUUGUCAGCAGAUUUUGAGCUGUCGGCUGUUUCAACUGAUGAGAGACCAAGGCAAAACCGAGCUAAGACAGCAACAUUCCCCCAGACUGGAACCAAGACCCGUCCUUUUGGCAAUGCAACAACAGCCAACAGUUUGAUGGCAAGGUACUACAAUUUUGGCCCUCCGUCCUCGGCCCAGCAAUCAAAGGUCAAUAGCUCUCCUGCUUCAUCACCCGCAAACAAUGCAGUGCUGCGCUCGUGCGGCUGUAAUGAUAAACCGAUGAAGUCCAAGACCAGGCAACGUUAUGGCAACGGUCAGCCACCCAGAAAUUUAAAGUCCGCUUCGAGGGAUAAGGAUGUCCAGUGUGAUUUAGCCACUAAUCACCAACCUCAUUCAGAGGGGGAUGGACCAGCCCCUGGGAGUAGCUGUUCUCAGCAGCACACCAAGCAGUUGGGUAGAAAGAUAAAUGUCGAUUUGGGAGAAACCCUCCUCUCAACUGACGAACAAGUCUCCCAAAUCAAAACCAAUGCAGAGGGUGCUCAUGAUGUCAAGGUCAUCGACAUGGCCAAGUAUUUCAACUAUAAACAUGGGUACAUUAUAAAAGAGACGAUAAUCUCAGAUGGCAACUCGGUAAAUGGUCAAGAUCCAUCGGAAGAUGAGUCAGAGGGCCACCACCGUCCAUCUGUGACACUCUGCAGUGCUAACCAGGACCAAAUCAUCUCUGAAACCUCCCGGCAAGACAUGCAUUCGGCUGAGAGCAGUCGGACAAGCAGCCCCGCAAAGACUGCUGCCCAGAGGAAUGAGCUGCUACGGCAACAGAUGCGGAUGCCCACUCGACCCGUGAACGCCCACUUCUGUCCCCACAUGGCCAACCCGAGCCUGCAGAAGACACUGCUCUUGACCAAGAGAGCUUGGCAUGCCCGUCACCCCCAACAACUGAAGAGAUCCAGCCGAAACCCUAAAGAAAAUUCUGGGCAAGGACCAGUGGCCCAAUUCAGCCACUCUGUGUCCAGAUCCGACAGCAACUCCCUGCGAGCCCGGCUCUGUACCCCAAUAGCUACCCUCCAAUCCAUGGAGGGUGGUGGUCAUCAGUGCCCUGCCAGAGCCCAGGCACAGCAAGGGGAGGACACCAGGUCGUCAGGAACUCCAAAGGGAGGCGUCAGGAGGAAUGCCAUGCCGCAGCGUUUGGACUGGAAAAGAUCCAGCUCCGGUAAGUCCAGAGCAUGGACUGAAGAUCGGGGAGCAGCGGUCAGAGAAAGUGCAGAGAUGGCAAGAGGAAUCAACACCAUGCAGAAAUUGCAGGAGAUGAUGAGCCGGGAUAACGUCCACCAGACUCUGCCCAGUGGAAAUAUCAGAGUGAAGUCCGCUAAAAUUGGGACGCCACGAUGCACCGAACGAUGCCAGAGUCUGCAGAGAAAAAGCAUACAAUCAGGAGCCAAUGGCAGAAGGGUGCCCUCAUCUGAGAUGCAUAAAUCGUGCACGGUGCAAGCUUACAAAGACCAAUACAUUAUGGACAGACACAAAGGUCAACACCAGAGAAGCCACACCCAUCCUCUCAGCAGUCAUGACAGAGUGGUCGACCUGAAUCAGCAACACAUGUUCAGCCUGCUGCAAGAGGCCUCCACCAAGUUCGAGGACUCACUGAAGGCCGAGAAGAAAAAGCAGCAGAGUCAAGCCGUCGGGGCAGUGGUGCAGGCAAAUCGGACCAAGGGCAACAAACCGAGUCAGACCCCAGCCCAUCCCAACAGGACAAAGGACAUUCAGCAGCAACAGCAGCAGCAGAACGUCCGUGGUGAAGGGCCUCCCCGUGGGCAUGACCAGAAUGACAAGGGCACUGUGGCCCUACAACUUGGACAGAGGGUACAGUUAGUGAGAGGUUCCCUUGCCAUCAACUCCACACCACCACCAGUCUUACCCAGCGGCAUGGCUCCAGAACAUGUCUUUAACGUACAGGCCAGCAGGGGCAAUCGUGAACAACCUGUCACAAAUGAAUCCAUCGAAAACAAGCAGUUGUCACACAGGGGGUGGGAUGCCGGUUACCGUCUGGAGCGUAAAGUGAGCGACACGAUCAAGAGGGCCGGUUCAGCUGUUGGGAAGACCCCAGACCUACUUCUCAACUGCACUUAGUCCCAGACAUCCAUCAUUUGUGUUCUAGGGGAAAGUAGUGAUGAGGAAUUUUUUGGUUGAGUCUACAAGGUCUUGCUGUCGAAAGGUCAUGGGGAUAUAGAAGAUAACUGAUGGUGAACUUCAUCGUUGCACCGCUCCACCAUGACUAACUACUGAGCUGUCCUUGUUUGAGCAUGCAUCAUCAUGAAUUCGCUAGAAUUAUUGUCAUGGCAUAUAUCAAGAUCUCUACCCAUAUGAGUUUCUUCAUUUGUAACUAGUACUCUCAGAACAAACCCCUGACUUGAAAGCUCAAGGGAAGUAGGGUGGGGGAGUCUACCACGGAGACUACUCAAUAUUCCACUCAUGCAAACAUUGCCAACAUUCGUGAUCUCUUUGUGCAUCCCGUCGGCGAGAGCUAAUUACGUUUGCACCAAUGCACCAGAAGCCUCAAGUCCGUCUGUUUUUCCCAGUUCAGCUCAAGGACUGUGCAUUUUUACUGUAAAAGGACUCAACCCGUGAAGUCCAUCACAGGUCGAAUGAAUACAGUUCACUUUAGUCUCUAGUCAAAUUGAAAGUUAUUAAAUUAUCAGCGACAAAAACCAUUCCCUUUUCAUCGCUCAUGCAUCAGUUUAACGCAAUGGAGUCUUUGAGUUUUGUGCUAGAGAGGUCAGUUUUUGAAAGUUUCUGUCCUGUGAUGUCAUGUUGCUUUUUCAGGGGGGCCUCGCUACACAGUCAGCUUUCAUUGCAACAGAAUUUGGUGAGACCAACUGGAUUACCUCGUUAUAACCAGAAACUUGUUCCGAAAGCACUUAAAAUCAUUGGGAUCUUAGAAUUCGUAUUUUGUUCUAAUAGCCCCUUUAUGUUGGUACUUAGUAUGGGAUUCUGCUCUGUUUAGAGAUGACCCGUUUGCAAGUAUAAUUUUUGCAAAAACCAUCAUUUUUAGUGAUUUUAAUUGAAAUGGCAAGGCUAACCCCUCGCAAAUAUUCAAUUUGUAGGAAAUCUUUAACAUUUGGAUCCUCAGAAAUUCCCUCUUUAAGGCUACAUUUUGUUAUAAUAGUCUCUUACAUAUUGGCACUGACUAUGGGAUUCUGCUCUGUUUAGAGGUGACCUUUUUGCUCUUGCAGUCUCAUUCAAGUUGAAGCCUUCAACUCAAGCCAGAUUUUGUAGGUGUACUGUUGCCAAGAGCACCACUUGUAUGGUUUUUAUUUAUUGUAUGCAGUUCAUCGUGAAAUAUGCAAAAAGUCAAAAUAAAAUACAUUCUGUGAUGCAAAA